GCGGCGCGGGCGCGCCGUGCGUGCCGAGCAGGCCGCGGUGCGGGCCGGGGCAGCGGCGAUGCUGGAGGAGGCGGGCGAGGUGCUGGAGUCGGUGCUCAAGGCCUCGUGCCUCCCGCUCAGCGUCCUGCUCUUCGUGCCCGCCGUGCUGCUGCUCCUGGGGCCGCCGCCCGCCGCCGAGGCGGCGCACGAGUUCACGGUGUACCGCAUGCAGCAGUACGAGCUGGGCGGGCAGCCCUACGGCACCAGGAGCGCCGUGCUGAACACGGAGGCGCGCACCGUGGAAGCGGACGUGCUGAGCCGCCGCUGUGUCAUGAUGAGGCUGGUGGACUUCUCCUACGAGCAGUACCAGAAGGCUCUGCGCCAGUCAGCCGGGGCUGUGGUGAUCAUCCUGCCACGAUCCAUCUCCUCUGUCCCCCAGGAUGUCGUGCGGCAAUUCAUGGAGAUAGAGCCAGAAAUGCUUGCUAUGGAAACCAUUGUGCCAGUCUACUUUGCAGUGGAGGAUGAGGAGCUGCUGUCUAUCUAUGAACAAACACGGGCUGCUUCUGCAUCACAGGGCUCUGCCUCAGCUGCAGAAGUUCUGCUGCACACAGCAACUGCCAAUGGCUUCCAGAUGGUGACCAGCGGGGCUCAAAGCAAAGCUAUCAAUGACUGGCUCAUCCCCAGCGUGGAGGGAAGGCUGACAGGGCUGGGUGGAGAAGACCUGCCCACCGUUGUGAUAGUUGCCCACUAUGAUUCCUUUGGAGUGGCUCCAUGGCUGUCCCAUGGGGCUGACUCCAAUGGCAGUGGAAUCUCAGUGCUGCUGGAACUGGCCAGGCUGUUCUCUCGGCUCUACACCUACAGAAGGACCCAUGCUGGGUAUAACUUGCUGUUCUUUGCAUCUGGAGGUGGCAAGUUUAAUUAUCAAGGAACUAAGCGGUGGCUGGAGGAUAAUUUGGACCACACUGAUUCCAGCCUGCUGCAGGACAAUGUAGCAUUUGUUCUCUGCCUUGACACUCUGGGCAGAGGCAAUAGCCUUCAUCUUCAUGUCUCAAAGCCUCCCAAGGAGGGCACCUUGCAGCAUGCAUUUCUGAGAGAACUGGAGACGGUUGUUGCCAGCCAGUUCCCAGAGGUGAAGUUUUCCAUGGUGCACAAGAAGAUCAACCUGGCAGAGGACAUGCUGGCGUGGGAGCACGAGCGCUUCGCCAUCCGGCGCCUGCCGGCCUUCACCAUCUCGCACCUGGAGAGCCACCGGGACAGCCUCCGCAACAGCAUCAUGGACAGGAGGGCACGAAUAGACACUAAAGCACUGACCAGGAAUACUCAGAUCAUUGCUGAGGCUUUGACAAGGGUCAUCUACAAUCUAACAGAAAAGGGAGCACCUGCAGAUAUGCAGAUCUUCACAGAUCAGAUGCAAAUCCAGCAAGAGCAACUGGAAUCAGUGAUGGACUGGCUGAGCAGUCAGCCCAGAGCUGCCCAGCUGAUUGAUAAAGACAGCACCUUCCUCAACACCUUAGAAUAUUAUAUGGGACGCUACCUGAAGGAUGUCAAGCAGCAUCAUGUGAAGGCAGACAAACGGGACCCCGAGUUUGUUUUCUAUGACCAGCUGAAGCAGGUGAUGAAUGCAUACAGGGUCAAGCCAGCAAUCUUUGACCUGCUCCUGGCUGUCUGUAUUGCAGCCUACCUUGGUGUUGCCUAUGUUGCAGUGCAGCACUUUGGUCUCCUUUACAAGAUGAUACAGAGAUUAUCCCUUAAAACCAAGCAGCAGUGAAGCACCAAGUCCCCCCACCCAGCAGCACUGAGCCAUCGGUGAGCCCAUUGGGAACCUUCUGCCUUCCACUGAACCCUGCUGUUCCUUUUCCUUUGUCUCCUCUCUGCUACUGUAUAGAGGGGAGGAAGGCAUAAAGAAAAUGAAAUUUUAACUCACCUUCUUCCCUGACUUGCACCAUGUCUGAUUUUUCCUUUGCAUUUUGGUGAGGGAGAGGCUGAGAGACUUCAGCAAUUCCUGCAGUCUGAUUUUGGGCAGCUUCUCUGAGUGUCACACAAAGUCCAGCACCUUCAUGGACACUGUCACACAGCCAGCCUGAAAGCUGAAACUACAGCCUCACGUGGUAUCUCUGCCCAGCAAACAAGGACUUGGAGCAGUUG